AUGAUAAUACAAUUGUAUUAUCACAAACUCCUUCAGUAUUUUUCAAUAAGAUAAGGUAUCGACAGUACCACAUUACAGCAACGCUAACUGAGCUCCGUCUGUGGUCACGUGACGUAACGGCACCGGUCUAUGACAACAUGUCAGGUUGCUAAGUUAGCUAAUGAGCUAGCUGCACUUAGCGGACCAAAUGAUGUGGCUGGAGAAAAAUCCUGAUUUGCUACGUGCCAGCGACAAAACAACCACGCAGUCAGAGAGAUGAAUCGGCUGUGUCAGAUAGUGUAUAGACAACCCCGGACUCGGACAACAGGAUAACGCCCCUGCCAUGGCAGCCGGUGUCAGCAUACUGAGCGACCUGCCUUACUCCGUGAGUGGAGCUUGCAGUGCAGAGAGCGGCACGGAGAUGGAGACAGCCAAUGCCAGGGUCCCUACAGCAAAGUACACCAAGAUGGGGGAGACCCUGAGGCACGUCAUCCCCGGCCACAUGCAGUGCUCCAUGGCUUGCGGGGGGAAGGCCUGCAAAUACGAGAACCCCUCUCGCUGGAGCGAUGAGGAGCAAGCCGUCAAAGGACUCUACUCGUCCUGGAUUACUGACAACUUGCUAGCUAUGGCAAGGCCUUCCACUGAAAUCAUAGAGAAAUAUAAUGUAAUUGAUCAGUUUCAAAGGUGUGCUUUGAAGACAGUCAUUAACCUGCAGCGGCCCGGAGAACACGCCAGCUGUGGCAACCCGCUGGAGCAGGAGAGCGGCUUCACUUAUCGGCCCGAAACCUUCAUGGAGGCAGGAAUUUAUUACUACAACUUUGGGUGGAAGGAUUACGGUGUGGCCUCUCUGACUACAAUCCUUGACAUGGUGAAAGUCAUGUCAUUUGCCGUCCAAGAGGGGAAAAUGGCUGUCCACUGCCACGCAGGUCUUGGAAGAACAGGCGUGUUGUUGGCUUGUUACUUGGUUUUCACGUCCCGGAUGAGCGCCGACCAAGCCAUCCUGUUUGUGCGAGCCAAGAGGCCCAACUCCAUCCAGACCAGAGGCCAGCUGCUGUGCGUCAGGGAGUUCGCCCAGUUCCUGGUUCCCCUCCGAAGCGUCUUCUCCUGCGCAGAACCCAAAGCGAGUGCCGUCACCCUCUCCCAGUACCUCACCCGCCAGCGCCACCUGCUGCACGGCUACGAGGCCCGACAGAUGAAGAACGUGCCAAAGGUCGUCCAGCUGGUGUGCGGGCUCCUCGUUGACAUCGCGGCCGACAGACAGGUGGUGAUCGAGGAGGAGUGGCUGGAGAUCCCUGACCUGACAGCCGAGGUGGAGAAGACUGUGUCCCAGCAGGCCCUCCAGCAGCUAGGGAAGGAGAUGAGGGGGAAGGGGAUUCCCGUCCCUGCUUGUUCGUCUCAUCCCCUCGGCCCACCCUCUAUGCAGUCCGGACCCCCUCACGAUCCGCCCCUCGCCAGUGAUAAUGAGCUCCACCCUCUGUGGAGGAAGCAGAAUGCAGGAAGCCCCCUGAAGUCCUCCCUGUCCAACAACAUGAGGCUCAGUUACAGCGAUUCCACCCUUCACAAACUUGGACAAUCACAGUUCCAUUUAGGAAAUCUGAAGAGCAACGAACCAAUCCAAUGCUUGAUCAAACAUUCCUUGUCUCACAGCAGCCUUACAGCUUGCACCCUGCCCAGAUUUUACGACCUCUCUCCUCAGGACAUCACCACCAGCAUUCAGGGCCCCGAUACAAACGCAAAGCAAGACACGGGAUCCCCCUUAUUCAAAAAGCAACUCCACAAAGGGCUUCAGAGUUUGCCUUUCGACCUGUCCGACCAGGGAAGAACACCUCACUGUGACGCUACGCUGCCAGAUGUCAGAGAGGUUCCCUUCAUCACCUUCCAGUCUGAGCUGUCCCCAGAGGGCAGACGCCUGCUGGUGGCCAAAGCUCUGGCCAUGGACCUAACGGACAAGGACUUCACCUCCAAGGUCUCGAUGUGGCAGACGGAGCUGAACUCCAGAGAGGGAGCGUGGGAGAGGCUGUGCAUGGAGAGAGAUCCUCUGGUCCUCUCCGGUCUGAUGUGGUCCUGGCUGGAGCAGCUCAAGGAUCCAGUCAUCAGCAGCGAGGACGUAAAAGCCCUCAGCGAGAAGAACGUCAACCCACAGAACGCCCUGGACUCGCUGGAAAAGGGCCACAGACUCACUCUGCUCUGCAUCCUUGACUGUGCUGCUCAUCUCCUGCCAAUGCCUGAAGAGGUGGAGGCUAGUUUUCUCCACCAAACAAUAAGAGUGUUUACUAAGAUGGACCCCUCCUCAGAGAAGAGCGGGCCUCUGUACGCGAUCCUCAAAGAAACCCUGACCCCCUUCCAACAUGAGCUGCGUGGCAAAGCUGCGGAGGAGAACGAAGACUCCUGAUCCGGGCCUCAACGGGACCGGUCUGACGAGAGGAGAGAAGACACGGGGUUCCACUUUCACUUUUGGGCAUUAUUGUAUUUUAAGCCUGUUCCUCGCAUCGGAUACCGCUGAGAUCUGCCAAUCUUCAGUCUCUGAUAUUGGAAGACUGCGUAAUUUAAAGGUUUCAUGUUUUUGUUUUCCUUUGGAAGCUCUUCAUAGUCUCUAAGCACUGCCAUCCUCUCUGUCAAUGUGCCACCGUUCCACAUGUGCCACAUGUUCGUCAUCUCUUCUCAGUGUAAUAUAUUUGUGAGGGACUAGAUGUCGCUUUUAUUAUUAACUGUUAUGUCGGCAGGAAGAUGACUGAGAAACGUUCUCACGACGUUAUUUAAACGUGUGACUCGGGCUGUCAGAAAGCUGCUGGUCUUCGACUUCUUAUUUAAACCAAAAUAAUAUUUUUACACUGUGCAGAUGCUACAACGUGUCUUAUUUAUUCAGAGCUCCCUAUUUAAGAACGCAGCGAUUGGUUUCUACCACAACGAGCUGCGCGGUUGUCUUAGUUCCCGUAGAAUGUAAAGUGUUUUCUGAGAGUCAAAUGCAAACUGUGGCUUCUGUUGUGGCGAUGCAAACUGGACGGGCCACACAGGGCAUGUUCCAAUCGAUUUCUAUGUCCUCAAUACCGCGUGCACCAAAAAAGCUCUCGUACUGUUCUGUUGUUCAUGCAUUUGUCAAACGUCGAUCUGCCUCCACUGUUGCAUUUAGCACAGUGCUGCCUGCCUCAACUCCACUGGCCUCUCGCCUGUGUCAUGCUGCUGUGUGUAACGUUGCCUCGCCCGUGUGUGUGUGUGUGUAACGAGUCGGUGGACGCCUCGAACGUCUCGUACGUGGAUACAAUGUAAUGUAGAUCUGCUGACACGUUCCGAAUGUGGAACUCUGAUGGUAAUAAUGAUAAUAAUAAUAACACUAAGGACAUGAGAUGUUUUACUCUGGGGAAUUUUUCCGACGAGCACUAUUUUUUUCAUUGUUACAAUGGGCUACUUCUUACUGAAUUAAACACAAGUUACUGAAAGCUGUGUGAAGCGUGUGAAUCUUUUUACAGUAUGAUCAGCUUCAUUAUUAGCAUACAGCUCAGAGAGAAAGUGUGCCUCCUGGUGUCGCCUCAGUAGUCUAACAUCAAAUGCAUGAUGAAAGCCAUGCAAAGGAUUCAGUCAUGCUGUAAAGGGGGAAAUAGUUUGGCCAGAAAAACUCAGUUGUACUUGUGGAAAUCAACAUGAUUUGGAGCUUAGAAAUGUGAAUUUUUAGUGUUUAUGUUUGCCA